AUGCAUCGGUUCAAUUAUUGUUUGGAAUCAUCAUGCGUGAAUGGUGUUUUAUUGCAUCAAAUUGACGGACACCGGCUAUAUGCUUGUUGUUCAUUAUUUGCAGCAUUUGGAUGUUGUCGACGUGAUAAUAUAUAUGAUGACGAUUAUACACUGCUUGAUAGAGAAUUGAUGAAAUUUUAUGUGAAACUUGAUGUACUCACUGCUGCUCCAUCUGUACUCAUUUUAAAAUCCGGUUUAAGAAUUUGUGCUAAUGGUGCUGCUAGAACAAAUAUACCAAUAAUACAGGAUUAUGCUUAUUACGAAGUGAAACUACAAAAUUAUAGAGGGUCAUGGGGAAUCGGGCUGUGUACAGUAAAUACGCCAUUGGAUUCUGUCCAAUCGCUUACUGAUGAUUCGUCAUGUUGGAUACUUAGAAACGAUAUGAAAAUAUGGAGUCGUGGUCAUGUGAUUGGUCAGUUAAAACAAUCUGUUGAAGAGGGUGAUAUAAUUGGGGUGAUCUAUGAUAAAGGGGAAUUGAGAUUUACAAUCAAUGGAGAUAUUGCUCAUGUGUAUUCGGAGCAAACAGAACAAAGCCCACUGUGUAUUGACAGCGGUGGUGAAGUUUUGUAUCCUGUAUUAGGUGUGGGAGAUGAUACAGUGUUGGAUGUGGCUUUUACGGCGAACUCAUUUAAUUACCCACCAUUAUCGGUUGAAGGAUUCGGUGAGAUAAAAUUCCAGAAAGAAGUUACUUUUUAG